CUGCGAGAGGGAGAGAGAGAGGCUGACGAUCUAGUAAGGCUGAGAGAAGCCGACGGUGAAUCAGAGAUACGGACACUUUGUGUGGAUGAGUUGCGACAAGAGACUUGGCUAGGACAGGAGUGAAGACACUGUAGCCCGUCGUAUCCUUUCGCUUGAUCAGAUACCAGUAAACACACCGGUUGAUUGAAACCAAAUAGAGCACGAAAAGGAUUUAUAAGUUAGUAUGGGUUCCAGAGGACAUCGGUCGAAGACGGCAUCAAAACUAACCAAUCAAGGCGCUCGCCUCUGUUCGUUUGGACUUUCAGUCAUACUAAUACAACUGUGUGCCGCAUUCAACUUGGACGUCGAGAAUCCCACUGUCUAUAGUGGACCAGAGGGGAGCUACUUUGGAUAUGCGGUGGACUUUUACUUGACCAAUACCUCAAGUGUCAGUGUAGUGGUGGGAGCACCCAAGGCCAACACCAGUCAGGUGAACAUCACUCAGGGUGGCUCUGUCUUCUACUGCCCCUGGAGCACCGGCCAGUCAGACUGCAACAGCAUAGAGUUUGAUAAUGAAGGCAUUCGCACCAUCUCCAUCAAGGAUGUAAACAGAAAAGGGGAAUUCAAGUCACACCAGUGGUUUGGAGCAACCGUGCGUUCCCACGGCGACACGAUCUUGGCCUGUGCCCCUCUCUACUCCUGGAGAACAAAGGAAGAUGAACCUCGUGUUGAUUCCACAGGAACCUGUUUCCUGUCUGUCAAUAACUUCACCAAGUUUGUGGAGUAUGCUCCAUGUCGCACAGAAUUGUUUGGACCGGCAGGCCAAGGGUACUGUCAGGGUGGCUUCAGUGCCGACUUCACCAAGGAUGGGAAGGUGGUGUUGGGAGGACCUGGUAGCUACUAUUGGCAAGGUCAGGUGAUCGCAGCGGUCAAGGAGGAGAUAAUCAAGGCUUAUUAUCCAGGCUACUUCCUGUCCUCAGUGGAGGGAGAAAUGCGGACCAAGCAACUCAAGCAGACAGUUUACCAUGAUGACACCUACAUGGGCUACUCAGUCACAGCGGGAGAGUUUACAGAAGAUAAUGUGGAAGAUUUUGUGGCUGGCAUCCCAAAAGGAGAAUGGUUGCAUGGUUUGGUGUCUAUACUGAACGGCACUGACCUGACUAAAGUGAAGACCUUCUCUGGUGAACAGAUGGGGUCAUAUUAUGGAUAUUCUGUGGCUACCACUGACAUCAACAAUGACGGGCGGAUGGAUCUGCUGGUGGGAGCGCCCAUGUUUAUGAUAUUGGACACAGACGGGCGUCUGGAGGAGAGGGGGCGUGUGUACGUGUACAUGCAGAAAGGCCUGCUGGACCUGCAGCCCCAGCUGCCGCACCUCACCGGCACAGAGGUGUACGCUCGCUUCGGCAGCUCCAUCGCACCGCUCGGAGACCUCAACCAGGACGGAUUCAAUGAUGUUGCCAUUGGCUGCCCGUUUGGAGGGGAGGACAAACAGGGAGUAGUUAAAAUCUACAAUGGACACAGUGGAGGGCUACAGGACAAACCCUCUCAGGUGAUUUCAGGCCAGUGGGCAUCUACCACAAUACCUGCUAGCUUUGGCUUCACCCUUCGUGGCAACAAAGACCUGGAUAUGAAUGGCUACCCAGAUCUCAUUGUGGGAGCAUUUGGAGCUGACCAGGCAGUAGUGUACAGAGGUCGCCCCAUUGUCAACACCAGCGUGUCCCUGCUGGUCCACCCAGCCAUGAUUAACCCAGAGGAAAAGCACUGCGUCAUCACCCGUGGCAACGAUAGCAUUGCAGUCUCCUGUGUCAACCUCAGCUUCUGCCUGCUAGCCAAUGGAAAGCACCUCCCAGACAAACUAGUGUUCCGUGUGGAGGUGCAGCUGGACCGUCAGAAGCAGAAGGGCGCCGUGCGGAGAGCUCUUUUCGUGGAUUCCCAGCAGCCCUCUCUCAUCCGGAGCCUGACUGUGCCCAAUGGGGCCCGCCACUGUCACGAAACCAAGAUCUACCUGCGGGAUGAGAAGGAGUUCCGGGACAAGCUAUCGGCCAUCUAUGUGGCGCUGAACUUCAGUCUAGACCCACAGGCGGCAAGCGACAAACACGGCCUCAGACCCAUCCUCAACUACCAGACCACGGAGCUGAUCGAGCAGAAGGCUCAGAUUCUGCUGGACUGUGGGGAGGACAACAUCUGCGUCCCUGACCUGAAGCUGACAGUGGUGGGGGACAGGAAGGAAGUCUACCUGGGUGAUGAAAACUCGCUGACCCUGACUUUCAACGCCAAGAAUGAUGGAGGAGGAGCUUAUGAGGCUGAACUCCACGUGGUCCUGCCCCCUGAAGCCGACUACAGCGGAAUUGCCCGGAAUAAUGAGAGCCUGACCCAGCUGACCUGCAGCUACGAGACAGAGAACCAGACCCGCUACCUCAGCUGUGACCUGGGCAACCCCAUGAAGUCCGGCACUAAUCUGUGGGCUGGUCUGCGCUUCACUGUGCCCAGGCUCAAGGACACACGCAAGGUGGUGCAAUUUGACCUCCAGAUCCGCAGUAAAAAUGAGAACAACUCCCAGAGUGAGAUGGUGCCAUAUAAGCUGGAGGUGGUGGUUCAGGCUGAUGUGAUCCUGCAGGGGGUCUCCCGACCUGACAAGGUCUUCUUCCCACCGCCAAACUGGAAGGUCACCAAGAGGCUGGAGGUGGAGGGGGAUGUGGGCCCAGAGGUCAGCCAUAUCUAUGAGUUGGUGAAUAACGGACCUAGUCGGAUCAGCCACACCCUGCUGCAGCUGCGCUGCCCCAUGCGUGGCCGUCUGAGUGGCCAUCAGUUCAUGUACCCGCUGGAGGUCACCACCCAGGGCCCGCUCAACUGCUCCACCAACCGCACUGUCAACCCACACCAUCUCAAGCUCCAACAGUCGUCCACAGAACAGCCCCCUCUACUGGAGAAACAGGUGCACCACAUCGAGAAGAGAGAGGCCCACAAAGGCCAGCUGGCGGAGAUGAGCAACCUGUCCUGUUCCAGUGUAGACUGCUGGACCUUGUCCUGUAAUGUGGGCCUGUUGGAGAGAGGAACAAGUGCCAUUCUGACGGUGCGAUCACGGAUCUGGGCUGAGACGUUCAUGGAGUUCUCCUACAAAAAUUACGUGCUUGAGUGUCAAGCCACGUAUGACGUGCAGAAGAUGCCCUAUUCCAUCUUGCCAAAGGAAUCUCCAAGUGGUGCUAAAAAGGUGGUCACUCCAGUGGUGUGGAACAAACCAGAGAGCCAGUAUGCUGUGCCUCUGUGGAUCAUCAUCUUGGCCAUUUUGGCUGGGCUCCUUCUACUGGCGCUGCUCAUAUACGUCCUCUACAAACUGGGCUUCUUCAAGCGAACAGAGUAUGGCACGGCCAUGGAGAAGGCUCAGCUCAAGCCCCAGGCUGCAUCUGAGGCCUAGAGAGUCUCACCCGAGCUAUCAGCAGAUUUUAAAACCCCAAGAAUACUUUCCCACAAGAUUGCAAGUAACACAAGAAGACAUUAGUGUGGGUAGCUGUCUAAUGACCAGACAGGUUUUGGAGGGAAGACCACUGAAACUCCACUGCACUGCACUAGAAGACAAAACUGACAAAUCAAAACCAAAUGAAUGUUUUUAUUUAAUCUUUUUUUUUGCUCUGGAUUUGCCAUUAUUAUAUCAGGAACGUCUUUGACAAGUCCGCUCCAUGACAUUGUCGAGGAACCAAAAAAAAAAAAACCUGUAGCGGUCGAGGAGACCUCGUGAGAACUUGGCUGUCGGAACUCAUGGUUAAACCCACACAAGUGUUUAGUCUUUCACAUACUCAACUCGCUCACUAAAGAGACUGAUUCUUUCCCUCUUUUAUUUCGGUGCUAAAGACAGUGAACGUCCAUUUCCAGAUGCGAUGGCUGUUGUUUUUUUUUCAUAUUAUACGGGGUGAGAUUAAGCCACAGUCAUUGAUUUUUUUUGCCUGUUUGUAGUUUGCCUGUUUUUUUUUUGGUUUUUUUUCAUAUAACUGCGAGCGACCUGGAAACAGGCUGUUUUUGUUACAGACCAUCAGGGGCCAUGCUGAUACAGGCCAAAGCCUCGAUAUUAGGUUGUUUCACUGGGUCUUAUUUUUGUUUGUGCUCACAUACUUUUAAAGGUUACAGUUUUACAGCAUGAGAUGGUUUUAUUGAAGGGGCGCAGGAGAACUGGAUUGGCUGUCACCUUUGCACUCUUCAAAACAAUACGGCCUCUGUCUCAGGUGAUCAAUUGGAAAUGCAGACCCUGGAUCUGGAGUCCAGAGACAGGAACUUGACAUAGAAACAGACAAAGAAAGAAAGAAAAAAAAAACAGGAUCGUCCCAUCAUGGCGGACGUCGUCUCUCUCCUACUGAUCUUUGUUCUCUAUCCUGUUCAGCUGUCUGACUUUUUUUGUCAUUUUCGCAAGAGAUUUGCAUUGCCUCAAGUAAGUCAUCUGGGACAUGACUGGAUCCACACAGAAAAACAAACCCAAGCCUGUGAAACCUCACUGAUGCCUUGAAGCAGAGCUGUGCUUUGCCACUAGAGAGAACACACACUAUGACCCACAGUGCCUCUCCCGUACCCAGGAACCACGGGUAUCCUGUGUACUUGCUUGUGCUGGGGCAGGCCAAUCUUCAUAGGCAGUAGGAACCACUGCAGGACCCUGGGUAUAUGUGGGUCUGUGCACCUUCCAGAAGAAGUCAAAUCAUUGUUCAAGCAAUGGACAAUGUUAUUAGAGUGCCAUUAGGAAGCCACUGUUGAGUUGGAGAAGAAUAGCUUCACUGUUGGUUGGUCACAGCACAAGACAUGGGAGAGUUGUGGGGUAGUCAGGAAUCGCCUCCUCCUAGUAUCGCUGUUCUCAGUUAUAGUGCACUGUGAGUCUGUAGAGUCUAAUGAUUCAGUAGUCAAAUUCUGUUAGGCUCUGUGCAUGUGCUUGUGAGGUUGUAGCUCACCAGUGGCCCCUAGAGGUCACAGGUGGACGUGCACUGACAGAGAGGAACUCAAAGACUGCAGCCUCAAUCCAGGGACGAUUACACGCAUUUGCUUGGUUUUAAUGUAAAUACUGUAUGUGUGUGUGGAUGAAAGAGAGUAUGAAUGUAUUUGUGAGUUAUGGACACAGAAGUGAAUGGAUGAAUGAAUGAAUGCCUCGUUCAGUUUUUUCCCAAUAGCUCAGUAUGGCCUUUAUCCUUGAACACAGGGAUUUACACCAGCACAGAUGAUGCUUCCUUAUGGUGUUAAAUAAGGAGAGUCGCAAUUUGAGUGGUCAUUUCACCACAGACAGACUGUAGUUUGCUGCCAACCAUUCAGUAUCUGUCCACUGGGGCCACUUCUAAAGGGACAACCGAGUAUUGGAGAGAACAGACAGAUGUGUUUGUAAGUGCAAUACAGAAAUUACCAUUUUUCAAGUUUGUUGAAGUGUAUUGAGUUUUUUUUUUUUCUCUCACUGUGUGUAAGUUAUAUAUAUAUAUAUAUAUAAUGAUGCUUUAUGGCAAGGAAGAGGGUGCUCUUAGUAGCUGUACCUGGGUCAGAAUUCAAAUGCCUUCUUCUGAUGAGAAAAUACAUUUGGAACGCCACUGACUCCAGAUCUGUUUCCAAGGUCACACUCUCUUGUCAACUUGGUCAUGUGUACUGAACACAGAGGUAAAAGACAACACCCAAAACAUGGGUGGAAUAUUGGCCACAAGAAGGAAAGACAAAUCAUUUAAUGGUGAAAGAGUCUUUGAGACUGAAACUAGAAUGUUUAGGGCUGUAUUCUCAGUAAUGGUUAAGUACCUAAAUUAUGUAGCUUUUUGACUACUCUGUAGUGUGGUAAAAUCUCCAAUGAGAUUUUAGACACUAAAUAUUUUGUUCAUUGAUAUUCAUGCAUAAGUGAAUUGUAAGAUUGGGUUGAAUUUUGAAUUUGGUGGGUUGGAACGGUAUAUCCAAACAUUUCAUGUCUGGACUGCUAUUAUUUUUAAAUGUCUUAUUUACCUUUUGCUUGUUGGAUACCCUAUAUAAGUUUCUUUUUCUCAAGACACAAGGAUUUCCCCAAAUACUCAGUGAUUUUUGUAUGUACAAAAAAAAUCUGCAGUGUACAGUAGCCUAUCAACCAACUAUUUAUAACGCCCCUAAUUGCUUUAAAAGGAUUGAACAUGAGAAAGCACUGGGUUUGUCCUAAUUUUGUUAAAUGCCUUGGUCCCAUUUUUUUUCUCAUCCAUUGUCUGAGAUGUACAUAUAUUUCUAGCAAAGAGAGUAUUUUUGAAUUCCGUUGAAAACCUUUGCCUUGUGAAUUUCCCUCCCCAUAUUGGGGAGACUGAACGGGAUGUUAUGGUGUUGAAGUAAUUAUUUGUAUGAUAUUUUACAGUUGGCUUUUUAAAUAAAUUUUUCAAUUUGUACUAAA